UAGCCGCUCUCUCGGUAUUGGCCAGUUUUGGAUAACCGGCGCGUCGCCGCAGCGCAUGAAUGCAGCGCGGUCAAAAGUCAGCUAAAGGUUGCAGGGUCACUUGCAAUGAAAAGAUGAGGGGUGCUGCUUCUCAUCGCCUCGGAGCUGCGCCGGGACAAAGAUGAGUCGCACACUAUUGAAAAUGUGGCGCUUUACGCCUUCCCACCUGACCGAGGCAUCUCUGAGCUCCGUGUGAAUGAGGGACGGUGCUAAAUUGACCGACGUCUAGACAAGAAGGACGUAAACAACAUGUUUUGCUAGACAUGAUGCGACACGCCCCGUGUUUGGUUUCCACGCUUUCAGCCUUGCGCUCCAGCACUUUUUCUUUUACAAUCUACUCUUUGGUUUGCGCAACUAAACUAAUACGCGCACAAGUUUCUACUGCGUAAAACAUCUGGACAUGUCUCUAAAACCAAGGAUUAAAAUAUAACCUACAACUGCAACAACGGAAAAAAACAGCUCAUUACCUCAUUUAUGAAUGACACCUCUAUAAAUUCUGUCUGGACACAUUUAACGUUGGAUUUCUCACCGGAAUGUGUAGCUCCGUGCGUACGGUUGUUGGGACAGCUUGCCACCACGGCCCCACGUUUUGCUUUGAUGUUUUUACAAUGUUUGUCCAGUUGCUUAGCGCAUGGUGCUGCUUCAUAAGAGUUUCAGACACUGGACGACCAUGGGGGCGGUCAGAGGGGCUGCCCUUUCCACCUCCAUUCACACUCUGAAAGGCUGAUGUUGCGUCUUUCUCUCUCAUUGUGCGGUUUCGUUCGCUUAUUUCGCUGCUGGGGGAAAUGGAACCUGAAUGAGAGUUUGCCUAUUGUUGCAAGAGUUUUGUUUUUGAUUAUCAAGGCAAUUAUUUCAUGCAACACAACUGCAUUUUUAAUCGCUUUUUUUUGCCUGAUAUCUUGCUCAGUAAAUGUCCAGCGCGUGGGAGCUCGUCUUGGUCUUUGGGAUUGUUACAACUCUACACUGUGCGCACGUUUAGCUCUUUUCCACAAUGUUUACACACAAAACGGACCCCAUUUGAAACCGACAGUCCGAAUUUGAACACCUAAGGGAGGAAUGGAUUUACUCGGUGGGCGACUCAUGCAAAAGAGCAAUAAUGUGUGAAAUCCCUUUACAACUUUUGGAGGCUCGAUGUGUGAGGGAUCAAAGUUGGCAUAAUGCACCCAACUCGAAUAAGAUCGGAUGGAUACGUGCGUAUUUGUUGAUGCUCUUCAUUUGGGAAUUACCCGAACUUUCUUUGUGUGCAAGUGUGGCAGGAUCCAAAGUUGCACACGAAGGAUUUUGUCCCAACAAGCUGAAUUCUAAUCUCUGGGUUGAUGCACAAAGCACCUGUGAGAGAGAAUGCAACAUCGAUGAGGACUGUGCUGACUUUGAGAAAUGCUGCACCAACGUGUGUGGUCUCAACAGCUGUGUGGCUGCACGUUUCUCUGAUGGCACCCCUGCCCAGCCAGAUGGGCAGGGUGGAGAGGGAGGAGGUGAUGCCCCCACCUCCACGGCUACCUGUGAGGGCUUCAUCUGCAGCCAGCAGGGAGCAACCUGUGACAUCUGGGAUGGACAGCCCAUCUGCAAGUGCCAGGACCGGUGUGAGAAAGAGCCCAACUUCACCUGUGCCUCAGAUGGCCUCACCUACUUCAACCGCUGCUACAUGGACGCAGAGGCCUGCAUCCGUGGGGUGACUUUAACUGUGGUCACCUGCCGCUUCUACCUGGCCGGGCCCCACACCAGCCCACUGCCUCAGGACACUACAGCGAACCCCACUCCGACAUCCUCCCAGGAGGACCCUAUGCCGCCCACACUGUACUCCAACCCUCACCACCAGUCCAUCUAUGUGGGAGGCACAGUCAGCUUCCACUGUGACGUUAUUGGAGUCCCCAGACCUGAUGUGACAUGGGAGAAACAGAGUGAACGGCGUGAACGGCUGGUCAUGAGGCCUGACCAGAUGUAUGGCAACGUGGUCAUCACCAACAUCGGUCAGCUUGUCAUUUACAAUGCACAGGUGUGGGAUACAGGUAUCUACACCUGCAUUGCACGGAAUUCUGCAGGAGUUCUCCGUGCAGACUACCCACUGUCUGUCAUCCGCCGGUCUGAUGAUGACUUCUCUGAGGAUCCUGAGAUGCCCAUGGGGCGGCCAUUCUCACCAGCAGACUGCCUGGCUGAAGUGGACGUGAGGGUGUGCAGUGGUGAGCGCCAUGUGGACUGGUAUUAUGACAGCAAGCUGGGCUCCUGCAUGGCCUUCAGCAAUGGUGGAUGCGACGACAGCCGAAACCGCUUCGAGACUUACGAGGAGUGCAAGGCGUCCUGUCAGAGAGAGGGGAUGGGUAUCUGCUCCCUGCCUGCUGUUCAGGGCCCCUGCAAAUCUUGGGAGCCACGUUGGGCCUGGAAUUCCCUCCUCAAACAGUGCCAAGCCUUUGCCUACGGUGGCUGCCAUGGGAAUGCCAACAGCUUCCAUACCAAGAAGGAGUGUGAGGCAAACUGCCCACAAGCCAAAAGAAAACCUUGUAAGACAUGUCGCGUGAAGGGGAAAAUGGUGCCCAGCUUAUGCAGGAGCGACUUUGCUAUUGUGGGGCGGCUGACAGAGCUGGUGGAGGAUCUGGACUCGGGGUUAGCCCGCUUUAGCUUGGAGGAGGUCCUGAGAGAUGAAAAGAUGGGCUUGACUUUCUUCAAUACCAAGCACCUAGAGGUGACUAUCGCCAAGAUAGACUGGAGCUGUCCCUGUCCCAACAUCACCAUGGAGGAAAACCCAUUGCUGGUGAUGGGUGUUGUUCAAGAGGGCAUGGCCAUCAUCCAAUCAGACAGCUACGUCAGAGCCAUAACUGAGCGCAGACUGAAGAAGCUGCGUGAUGUUCUGAAUAAAAAGACCUGUGAGGUAUUGUAGAAGUCCCAGGACUUGGACUUGUUAGCCCACAUAGCGUCUGUGGUCACCUUUACCUUUAGCACUGAAGAUAAGCAUCAGAACUGCAACAAGACAAGCUGAUAUUUAAUAACAACUCUUUAAAUCAAAAGACAAAAAUAUGUCAAAUUUUGUACGUUAAUGGCUUUAUGAGAAAUGACUCGUAUGUACAAUAUAUAUUCAUUACAACACAGGUUGUACUACAUUCCAGAUGUGUUGUGUGUCCAUUAAUAGCAAUGCUGAAAUGUGCUUUUUACAUAAGUUGAAAUAGAUAUUCUCUCUUUUGACAUG